GUGUGCCGGCCCUACUGUGCUCUCAGCCGCUGGCGGCCAGUGCAGCAAUGUCUACCCGCUCCAGUGACAGCUCUUUAAUAUGGCAGUGCGGGAUUUCUGACCUCACGCUCUGUUUUGCCAACACGUAUCGCAGGACAGGCUACAGGGGAGGCAUUCGGGAUUCCAGGAUGGCGGACAGAUGGUGGGGAGAAUGGAUUCAGCAGAAUAUUUCUGCUGCGAAAGCCAAGUCUGCAAAAGCUGUGGAAUUUCUGAAGAGAGAUCUGGUUGAAUUCACUCAAGUUAUCCAACAUGAUACAGCAACUACAAUUGCUGCAACAGCCUCAGUAGUCAGAGAAAGAUUAUGUAUUGAAGAGCCAAUCGAAGGGAGCCAGAAGAUCACAAAAGCGCUAUCAAACUUCUUUGGAGCCAUCUCUGAUGCAAUUGCUUGCAAAGUGGAAGAACUAGCUGCACCUCAAGUGAAAAUCCCUAAGGAAAAUUGUCCGAGAAGCAGUGACCCAUAUGAUAGUUCUAAGGUUCGGCUCGGUAAUCUUCAGGAUGAUUCAACAACGUACUGCAGUGAACCAGAUGAACACUAUGACUCCUGGUUAUCAGAAUUCAGUUUAGAAGAUGAGAAGUAUGCCAUCUCAGAUCUCUUGGUCAACAAUGAAUCAAUGAGACAUCUUUACACACAAUUGGUUCCCUUGGAAGUUACUCACGUAGACUUUUGGUGUCGUUAUUUCUACAGAGUAUACCAGCUUCAGCAGGAAGAAGCUAAGAGAACAGCUCUAAAGCAAAGGGCAGAACAGACUGUUUACGCUGAGGACCUGAAAUGGGAAGAUGACGAAGAUGAUUGGGAUGAUCCGAAUGAAUUAAUCUGUGCUGAUUUUAAAUCGAUUGACUUAAAUGUUGUUUCUGAAGAGAGAAAAAGCAAUUCCAGUCAGAGUAGAAAAUGUAAAACCGAAGACUCAUUAGGGAUCAGCAAGCCUUGUUUCUCAGAAGCCUUUUUGAAAACUGUAGAAAGGGAUGAGAGCAAACAUGCUGCUCAAGAAGAGAAAUUGUUCCAUCGACAAUUUGCAAAUGAGGGUAUAAGUGUGCGUGAGGACACUCCAGCAUUUGAAGAUUACCCCAUGUCCGUUUCCAAUUUUGUACCAAGUUACCACGAUGGUGUCCUUUUACAGUCCAACACGAGUCAAGAUGGGAUCUUUGAACUAGAUUCCAAUAUUGGACAAUCUGCUUUGUAUAAGGAGAAAAAUGAAUCCAGUUCAGGUUUUGCUGAAGACUGGGAUGAAGAUCUUGCUCUAGACAUGACUGAAGAAGAAAUACAGAUGACUUUAUCUCGAGCUGAAGCUUCAGGAGAGCUUGAAUCUGGAGAGUGGGAUGAUUGGGUGUGAGAAGAAAAGUCGUGCCACACAAAUCUGAAUGUUCCAGCUUUUUAACUAGUAUUCUUUAUCUUAUAACAAUCUAUUGCCAUUGCUAAGGUGCUGUAUUAUUAAAGGAAACUAAGUAUCUACUUCUUGCUGACAUGAUAGUAUCAGGUCUACAUCAUGUCUCCAACUAAUCAUUUUUAGAGUUGUUAGAGUUGUGCAGUUCUUUUCUGAAUUGAUUGAAGAUCGGGCUUUGAACACAACCUAGAUGUAAAGUAUAGCAUCACUGACAGCUGCUAGUUGUGAACUAAAUUGGUAGGUUAUGCCAAAUCCACACACAGUAUUCGUGCCUGCAUCUGUCCACAUGGUGGCAGAAAACUGACCAUAUUUGCUCUGUUGCUAGUCUUUCAUAAAAUGCACAAAGGUGAGACCAAGUGUUUUUUAAAAAAACAUUAAUUUGCCAAUGUAGAAUGAGCCCAAAUAAGUAAAACGCUCCCUGACUUGGAUAUCUGAGAAAAAAGCUGCAACCUGUCUGAUCUUUCUUGAUAAAGUAAUGAAAAAUUGUGAAUGGAAUGUUGGUCUUUAUCUCAAAGGGCCUGGAAUACAAAGGGGAAGAAA